AUGGCUUCCGCGGACCCAGCGGUCACGGCUAGUCCCAGCAGCCAUGUUGGAAUCACGAAUAUCCAUAGGGACGCAACGAGACGGACACACGAUCGCUCCGCGACUUCCUCCCGCGGGCUUCCUCGUAAAUCUCUCCCCGAGUAUGCUCUCAUUCUCUCUCUCUCUCGCGUUCUCACCUGGCUCUCACGCGAACGGAGAAGCCUUCCUCGCAGGUCUUCCUUUCAGUUUCCUCGAACGAGCCACCGUCGCAUCUCCUUCGGCCGAAAAAUCACUCGUCGGCCGACGAUCCGAGGAUCAACGGCAGCAUCCGCGGUAUCUCCGAGCCACACUCACUACGACGACGAGGACCCCGAGAGGUCCCCUCGCGCCACCUCCUCCUCACCGUUCUCCUGUGCAGGUAAACACACGUUUACACGUACACAGCAGCAGCACGCGGCGAACGAAGGUAUUCCUCGGUCGUUCACGCACUUCCGAACUCGAGCCUCUCUCUCUCUCUCUCUCUUUCAGCCGGUGAACCGCGAAAGGAGCGUCGACGCGCGCACGACUACGCGCUCCGAUCAGCCAAGGUCGGUCCCCCAGAAGUCGAUUCAGCUCCCGAACAGCUCCCGACACCGGAGGAACCGGAGCAUCCGGAAUAUCUCUCGCGACACGCUCUUUCCACGGGAGGGCACGAAGAGGCGCGCGGGUUACUGCGUAUCGGACGCCAGCGGCACCACUACCAGCGCGCGGCCAGCACUCCGUCGUGCCCACAGCAACGUCAUCGAGAUCAGCAUCGCGCCAGGGAGACUGAGCGAGAGGUGGAAGCUGUGCGAGAGAGAGAGAGACGAGGACGACGAGCGUUUAAGUGCGGAUUCCACCGGACCCGUCGAAUCAGCCGUGGAAUUUCGGCCGGGAGGAAGCGCGCCAGCCAGCAGGUAGAAACGUCUUUCCCCUGUGCGCGCACCCCUCCCCCCGGACGGACAAUUACGUCGGAGGGAGAUAAUUACGAUGUCGCCGCGGCGCGACUUUGGCGAAAAGUUACGGUCGCGAGGCGGGAAGCACGGUGGAAACGCCGCUUUAUGGGAGCGCGCGCUUAUGGUACGUAGCGCGCGAAGAGACGGAGGGACGAAGAGAGAAAGCCGGGAGAGGGAAGGAGAGGAGAGAGCGAGAUGCAGCGACGCGGAGAGCGCGCGGACCUCGGAGAGUACACGGAGAGAAGGAACACGGCCGCCGCAUACCUACACGACGCGUAAUGAGAACAUACCAGCAUCGUUCGGCCUGCUAUCUGCUAUCAAACGGAUACCACCGCGGCCCAGCCGCGGACGAAGCGCGCAACGCGCCCCAAGCAAGACCCAAAUUUAUCGGCGCGCAUCGCGGCCGCGCCGCGCGCUCUUAAAAAUCUCACUCGCGAUAUUUCAUUGCGAUCAUCGUAAUUGAGAUCUCGGCUUUUCAGCUAUUCGCGGCGGUUACCGUCGGCUCUCUGCGGAUGUGUUCGAUCGAUCGGCCCGGCCGAUUGCCGCCGCCACGUCGAGUCUUAAUCAUAAUUCCC